AUGCACUUCCAGUCGUAUGCAUCCACAGCCACCGUCCACGAAGUUCUCUUCGCCGAUGACUUCGUCUGGAACGCCACCUCACAAGGCGACAUGCAAAGGAGCAUGGAUCUCUUCUUUGUCGCCUGCGAUAAUUUCUCUCUGAUCACAAACACCGAGAAGACGGUGCUCAUGCAUCAACCGCCACCCAUCAAUGCCCACAAUGCGUCGAAAAUCAGCGUCAACAAAACCCAACUGCAAGUGAUGGACAAUUUCGCGUAUCUGGGCAGCACACUCUCCCGCAACACCAACAUCGACGACGAAAUCGAUGACGAAGGUCAUCAUCAUCAUCAUACAUGCCCAUCAACACUACACACAAUCCCAGCACACCAACUCCCUCCUCACCACCAAUGUGGACUCCAUCCAUACCUGUCCUCAUUGUAAUCGCGCCUUAACUUCACACAUCGGCCUAGUCAGUCACUUGCGAAUUCAUCGCACAGAGACUGCCGAACCAGUGCCUGGAGCACCGCAUGGGUCUCUUCGGCCACAUGCGCAGCCACGACGACCUGCGGUAGAUAACCGCCGGCUGUACCACAUCAUCACUCCCGCACCACCAUUAGCAUCCCCAUCACGCAUCCACACUCACCCACCGCAAGCACCCAACUGCCACCUCCCAGGCAAGUGGGAAGUGUGCAUCUCGACUCGGUCCCCAUGCGGCUUCGGCUGCAGGGGUGACUUGAGUCUAAGACUAUCCCGACACGUCAAUCGUCGUGGAUAGGAUGGUUGCUGAUUGACGCCCCCCUCACUCAGUCCACGCAGUCCGUCCCGUUGUGCGUGUGUAGGUUGUGUAGAGUGGUGGACUGGUGGGCUGGGAGAUGGGCUGAGACAGCACCUUCCACGGCCCUCCCACGCAAGUGAGAGGUUCGCUGUUCAACCACGUUGUGCGAAAUCCUGGUGUAUGUGUGUGUCUGGGGGACCAGGUCGUGCACGCGGCGCACGCAGACAUGGUCAGUCGACCAUGCCAGCCACCGCGCCCAUUCCCCACUCCAGUCUGCUGACCGGCUCGGACGGUGGCUGUGGUGUGGGAAUGGGAAGGGAGGGUGAGGUCGACGAGUCAGCGCAUUUUCCUCCUCACUAUAAACAAUCUGACGCACUUGAAUCUUUCACGGUGCGCUUAAGCCGUGACACGGAUGGAUGCCAAGUACUGGAAGAAGAGUUCACGGUUUGAGGUAGAGAUUAGAGUUGCGGUUUCCGAAUCCGCAUCACUGAUUGGACGUUCCCUGUGACUGCUCUACAUUCAUUGGCUGUUUGUAGAAAUGCUACCGCUUGUGAGCAGAAAAACAAUUCUGACGCUGGCGAUUGACCUUGGUUAAACCUUUCCCGUUGAUGACCUCGAAACUCACAUCUAGUCAUUUUUCGAAUUUUCUGCUUGAAUUUGACUUUUUUGCCGAAAACAGUGGUUUUUACGUAUGGCGGCAUCUUAAGCACACUGGUAGUACGGAUGUGUGUGUGUGUGUUACAGCACUGGGAAAAUUAGUCAUUCGGACAUUUAUUCGCGAGCAGAGCUACGUCGUCGAUGAAAAGAAAAGAAUGGAUUUCGAGCAAGUUAACCAGUACGCGCUGCAUAUUUCACGGCUGUCACGUGACCAUGCAAGGCGACAGCGGCUGCAGUGAGCAUGUGCGCGUUCCGAUUCCGGCCUGUUAUGACGCAUACCAGGAGGCAUCCGACAAAUAAAUGGAUCUGAAUGACGCUGACGACGCGGUAUGGCGUAUUUGGGUAUACUACUUAAAUAUUUCUUGGUCAGUCAGAGUAAAGCAGCAUGUGGGACCAUUGCGUCGUAAGGCUCGUUGCCGGGUCUGGUCAGCUGCGUAAAUGGUAUUCGGGGAUAGCAUAUUCACUAGUGAACUAAUUUUUCCUAUGGAUUAAGUGAUCGACUUGUGUGGCGUCGUAUGGAGAACUAAUGACAAGGACAUUUCCUCACCACCGACCCCGUGUGCUUCUAAUGAUUGCAACCCAUCGACAUGCGUUCAUGAGAUCUGGUUCGUUGUCUCUUGGCCAAAUACGAUAAUCGUCUCUUACAUUUUGGCCAAGACCAAAUUUAGAAGAUGGAUUUUUGAAAAAUUGAUGAUUUGCUAUAUAGAAGCAACAAAGGAAUUAAUAAAUUCAAGUCUGGAAACGAUUGGGAACGGGCAACGGUUGCGAGAAACGACCGCAUUUAAUUUUAAUACUAUCGUUUAUUAAUGCAACUUACUUCUCCAACCUGCAUGGAAGGGAGUUUACAUUGUUUGUGUCUCUUGAGUCUGGAAUUGGCCGCAAAUUUCCAAAGUCUCGACACUGUUAAUGUUUUAAUUUAGCUAUUCAGAAUGAUCAUCAGACUGCGUUCUCCCGGCAGUUAGCAUAUAAUAAAUUUUUUGGCAUCAAAUUUGCCCAUCAAAUACUUCCAAGCCUUCAGAUGCCCGGUCAAAACCGCUUAGGAGGUAAGUCUCAAACAUAAACACCCCUUUUCUCCAAACUCUGUCGAUGACGAAACGCUCUAUUAUUUGGAAACCUUCAGAGGAGAGGAUGCGUGUAACCCAGUUGAAUUGCAGACUCAUGUUUUGAACUAGCACAGAAAUUGGUACGAUUGACUAUAUGAGAGAGGAAUAAGCAUAAGCACAUUGCAGGCAGAUAAUCCAUGUUCACUGCCAUGCCGAUGGACGCCCCCUGGGACCCGCAUCACCUACAAGACGGACGGCGGAUGCACUUCCGAUUGCGCGUAUCCACAGCCACCGUUCACGAACUUUUCAUCGUCGACGCUUGCGCCCUCAACACCACCUCGGAAGAGAACAUGCAAUGUAGCAUGGACCUCUUCUCCGCCGCCUGCGAGGACUUAUGUCUAAUCAUCAAAAUGCAGAAGACGGUGGUCAUGCAUUAA